ACCGGCGACCUACGCAGCUAAAUUUAUUGUGUUAGCAACCAGUAUUCUUAAAAUGGCUGCCAUUCAUAAGCUGGCCACCGUGGCCGUGGUUUGCGCUCUUUUCGCGGGCGCCUUUGCCGAGGACCUGAAGAUCAAGGUCGAGCACCUGCCCACGGACUGCGCCGUGAAGGCUAAGGCCGGCGACCGCGUGGCUGUGCACUAUGCGGGCCGCCUGGAGGACGGCAAGGAGUUCGACAACUCGUUCAAGCGCGGCGAGCCCAUCAAGUUCACCCUGGGCGAGGGCCAGGUCAUCAAGGGCUGGGACCAGGGCGUGGAGGGCAUGUGCGCGGGCGAGAAGCGCCACCUGCGCAUUCCCCCCCACCUGGGCUACGGCGAGCGCGGCAUCGGCCCCAUCCCCGGCGGUGCCACCCUGCUGUUCGAUGUGGAGCUGGUUAAGAUCAACUAAAGAUUUGAUGAAGUGGUCUUGGACACAGGCCAGGAUAAGUCUUUGGCACGGCCAAUGAUGGUAGUGGUGGUGGUUGUGAUGAUGGUAAUGGUGGGGGUUGGUUUAGGAGGCGUGCGCUGUGGUACAGUACGGUAGAGCGGGCUUGUGCAUGGCGGCUGGUGACUCGGGGCCACAGCUGGGUAUGAGGCAGGUUGUGCGGGGCCUGUGGGUGGCGAGCGUGCAGAUGUGAUGGAGGGCUUGUACUCCGACUCCGAGCCCAUGGCAGGCGAUGGCAGGGGAUGACGUGCGGUGGCUUCCGGCGCUGUAUGACAGGGUAUCGACGACAGGGAAUCGCUGUAAAGGAUGCAUGGCGACGAUGCACGAGACAGCAAGCAAGUGGUCCUGAGUCUGAGCUCUCUGACGUGACUAAGUGUCUGAACGGCGCUUUUGCGCUUGCAGCUUUGGCGGGUUCGUGUUCGCGUUAUCGCUGGACAGUUGACAAAGCCUUGGAAAGGGAAGCGAUCAUUCGUACAUGCGCAGGCGGUGGCGUGGUGGCGUGCCAGUCCCAUGCGCCCCGUGCCGGCGUCUGCUCCGCACUGCUCCGCCAAGCUCUACGCUGCAGUCUCUAACGCCAGCUCUGGCUGCACCUUCCAUAUGCUGACGGAGCGCUGUAAACACGUUCCGCG